AUGAAAUAUGACAAAUUGACAAAAGUCAAAACGAUACUUAAUUACGUAAGCAAAAACUUUUCUUCGCAAAAAGUUACAAAUAAUGUUUGCCAUCAAAAUACUUUUGAAACGGUAUAUUCAUUUCCGCAAAUCAAGUAUGUAGCAAUUAUUCACAGACUGAAAGUAUAUCAUUUUUUGGGAACAGGUAUAGCAAUACCUAGCUGUGGCUUACUGGAAAUGUUUAAUGUCUUGUCGAGUAAUGCGUUUCUCACGACAUCAUACAUAGGUAUAACUGGAGCUGCUGUUUUAUCACUGGCCAGUAUUCCAUUUCGGAAUAUGAUAGGAUUUUUAUAUAUAAGUGAAGAUAAUAAAUUUAUAAAAAUAUCCUCAGUAGACUUCUGGGGGAGGCGGAAAGAUAGAAUAAUAGAUGCAGAUGAUUGGAUACCAUUAUAUGAUUUGGCGCCAAAGUUUACCGACUCACUAUAUUGCACUCCACAUCUAUCUGAUGGCACAAAGUAUAAACUUGUUAUGAAAUAUGGUAACAUAAUCAAUGCUACGAAAGUAGGUCAAGUUUUAGAAUAACUAACAAAGAAAAUGUAUUUGAUACAUCUAUUUAUUACGGGAAUAGAAAGGAGAAAAAGAAAACAAGCAAUAUUAAUGCAUCACAUCAUUCUAUUCCUUAAAUAUUACAAUAUUGUGAACCAUUUUUAAAAUAUAAUAAAUUUAGAUUAAAUAGAAUGGAAAUCAAUUGCAUGUGUGUUUUUAUGUCUAUAAUUUAAGUGUAUUACUACCAUAUAAAAUGGUUGCUUUAAAUUGUUUACUUAUCAAUUAAUUAUUAUCCAUCUGUAUUUACAAAUUUAUUACAAAAUUACACCUAUAUAUAAGACCUAAAUGGCCUUAAAUUUGUGUACCUCAGUCAGCCAAAUAAAAUAAUAAGCAUUUCACAUACACAAUAAAAAUUUAUUUUUACAUUUUUAACAUUUCUAACCAACAAGACAAGGCUCCCAUC